UUCUGAAUUUGUGGAUUCCAUACUUGUGGUAUAUUAUCUAGCGGGAAUUUGUAGUUUUUUCUUUCAACGUUUGUUCGUUAAAGAAGUGUUAAAAAAUUGUAAAUACAAGAUCAAGCAUUGUCCAUCUACUGGUGGCUGUUCUAGUUGGAUGGUUCAGACCAACAAUUCUUGGUUUUCCCCACAGCAUUCUUCUUGGCAACUGCCCAAAUUAAGUUGCAUGAGCUCAUCAUUAGAGCCCAGGCAACCAGAAUGCUUGCCUGCAUGUUUAAAUCCCAGCACUCACAUGUUUAUGUCAAUGCCGGCAUCUCUAAUUCCUGGUAUAAAUCCUGGCAUGCAUGUGCUUCCUGCAAAUGUUGCAAUGCCACGGUCUGCAGAUAUUUCUGUUUUAAAAACAGAACAAAAAUAUCAUUCUGAUGAGCUGCUUCAGCAGUUAUACCCCUGUUUCGCAACUUCAUUGCCCUCUCCAGGUUCAUAUCUCAACGAACAGCAAUUCAUGAUUGCUAAGGGGCACAGUGGCAGGGCUACAGCUAAUAUGGUCUCUGGCUCCUUGCAGAAAGGACUGGUAGUUUUUGAUCAGUCAGGGAGUCAAACAAGGUUAAUUUAUGGUUCGAUUCACCCUUCAUCCCAGCAUGCAACCACUGCUAAUACAGAACUAGCUUCUUGUCUUGACUUGCAUGUAGGGCAAACAGUUAAAACAAAUCCUUUUACUCUGGCACCACCAACUUUACAGGAGGAAUAUGAUGAGAACCAUUUGAGUGGUGAAGAGGGUGAGAUGCAUGAAGACACUGAAGAACUCAAUGCCUUACUUUACUCUGAUGAAGAGGAUGAUUAUGAUGAUGAUGAUGAUGAAGUAAUGAGCACCGAUCACUCUCCUAUUGGAAUUAAACGAAACUACCAGAGUCAAGACCAUGUUUAUCAUAUAUUCGAGGAAGUUGCUAGCUCUGAUGGUCCAAACAAAAGGCAAAAACUGCUGAAUGGUGGGCAUAAGCAAUCAAUAAUGGUGGGUGCUGCUCGUUCAGUGAAAUUGGAAGGCUCUCAUGGGUAUGAUAGUGAUGCAGAAUCAAGCUAUGCUAUUGGACAGAAUCAAAUAGAGGAAAUGGAUUCCAUUUUACGUAAGGAACAAUCAAAGAAGGAUAAGAUUCGCUUGACGUUAAAAAUUCUUGAGAGCAUAAUACCUGGUGCAAAGGGAAAAAACCCAUUGUUGGUCCUUGAUGAAUCUAUAGAUUACUUAAAGUCUUUAAAGCUCGAAGCCACGACUUUAGGAUUGCACCACUACUAAGGUGCACUCCCUCCUUUAUAGUAAUUUAUUGGCUAAGUGGUGGGAAAGAAGGAUGAGAAAGAAGUACUAAUUCUAAGCUUGAAUGAUUGAUGAGAUUGAAAUCACUACACUGGCUUUUGCUUUGUGGGGUCCCUCCGUUUGUCAUCUUUUACUUUCUCAAGGAGCUGUAUUCUGUAUAUAAUGGGCCAAUAAAGGUAGUGAUGCAGGUAACGGGAUGCUAUUAGCUCUUUUGCUUAAAGCAGGUGAAGGAUAAAAAUAGGGUUUUGUUUGUUGACCAGAAAUGAUUAUCUGUUUAGCUUUUCGUUGGGAUUUAUUAGGGGCAAAAAAAGUCAUCGAGGCUUUGAACGCAUGGGGAGAUUGCUAGUGGUGGUCUGUGCUGUAAAACGAGGACCCCCUUUUACGGAAUUGUUGAGAGCCCCAAUGGAUUUAGUGCAUGCGCGUUAGGUAAACUUGGGUCCCACUAUCCACCCUGUUCCUUUUUCUCCUCUUGAUUUUAUGGUUUGUCCUCUCUUCUCACCUUGAAAACACAUCAUGCUUGAUAUUAUCUCUCCCUAAAGUAUCAAGCAUGAAGACAAAGUUUCCAGUGCUGGGAUGUACAUGCAUGGACAGUGCAUCCUCUGUUUUUUCUUCUUCUGGGGUCCAUCUUUGAUCAAAUCUUGCAGUAAAAGUUUGGCUUGUUUUCACGUGAGUGCUGAGAAAACUCUGGUACUUGUACAGUAUUUGGUUGUGGUGUGUUACCAUAGUCCUUCCUUGGGUGUGAACUUUUUGGCUUUGCUUCUGGUAUUUGCAGAUGAUGUGUACUAAUAAUUGCAGCAUGAGCGAUUGAGUUUGAGCUCCAAGUAUAAAAUGUGUGUUGUGUACUAUCAUGUCAAUAGCAAGUAUGUGUGAAUUUGCAAUAUUUUUUUGUGAUUUCUUAUAGUUGUCGGAAAUGAAAAUUGACAGCAAUACAAAGAUUAAUACGGAAGGUUUUAGUCCCUUCAAAAAAAAAAAAGUGCCUAAAACAACAUACUCCAACUUUCAAGCAAGCUAAUCAAGAUAACCUUUUUCAUGGUCUUUUUCAUGCUCUUCAAAGUGGGUUGUUUGGUCGAGGAAGCCAGCAGAGGAUAUUUAUGUUUUGCUGUACAAACGAUAAUUAACACAUUAAUGAUGGCUAUUAUGUAAUAAUUGUGAACGUAUCUUGAGCUGAUCUACCUCAGCGAUCUAUGUUUUUGUUUUUGUUCUUUCAUUCCCGCUUCGUCUAUAGUGACUAGUGAGGCGAGGUGAGCAGGUGUAGUGUGAAUCUGGGUUCAGGAACCUAGUCGUAGAAGAAGAAAAAGCAAGACAGAGGAGCCGAAGGUUCCAGCCUUUCAAGCGGUGGAAUUGAAAGAGAGUAACGACAAUUUGCCAAGC